UACAUACACAACAAAAUUACCUCCUCAACCAACAUUCUCUCAUAUUUUUUACUCUCUCGAUAUGUCUAAUUGUUGAUAUACAAAUAACUCAUAUAAAUAAAGUUUGUUACCAAAUGUCACAUCUUUAUCCAAAUAAAAAAAUACCACAUAUUAUUUAACAAUUAUCCAAAAACGUGUGUGUGAAUAAUAAGCGUAUUUAAAUUUAAUUUUAAAAAAAUUUUUUUUCACUCACAUUAAAUACAAUAAAUAUUUCACCAACCAGCAGUACGACAAUGUGAUAACCUAUAAUUUGUAUCAAUUAAAUCCACAAUUAUAAAUUAUUUAUCUUUUUUUUUAUAACAAUAUGUUUAGUAUUGUACCUAUAAAGCAAGAGUAUUCAAGUGUUGAAGAAGAGAAUCAAACGGCAUCAAAUGGUUUACAGAAUAAUCAUCAUCAUCAUCACCACCAUCACCAUCAUCAAGAGUAUCCCCUAUUUACACACCAAGACGUCGAAUACAUGUAUCGCCAAUUACCACAAUUUUGGAGUCAAUCCCAAAUGCAAUCAGCGGCAGCUGCAGCAGGGCAUAUUGAUGCAUCUUUAAAUAAAUCAACCGGUCAACAUAAUUUGUUACAACAUUCCGAAAGAUUACCCGGACCAUCAUAUAUUCACCAGGAGACUGUUUACAGCCAAGACCCCAAGCCACCACGUGAGCAUCCAUCAUGUCUGCCAUCAUCAGAAAGCUCCCAAAUAUUGUUAUCGCCCCCGCCGAUACCCGCGCAUUCCAUGGCCAAUCACACAAUAGCAUUCAUGCGUACUCAGACAUUUCCCGUUCGUCACAACGGACCUGGUAGGCCACCAAAAAAUUCGCUUAUAAUCCCAACACUGACCCCACUUGGCUCAACAUUUACACGACCAGGACAUCUGGGUAACACAUCAGCACCUGGUACAGCAUCUAGCCCAUCAACAACAACCGGUACAUCAACAAUCGAUACCACAACAACAUUAGAGGCGUCCAGUUCACGUAAUUCCGAUACAUCAACACCUGGACUACCUGGUACACCUGGACCAGGUCUACCAGGGACACCAGGACCCACUGGACCAAACGGUCCUGGUCCUGGUAAUGGUAACGGUGGUAGUAGUGGUGGUCCCGGUUCAACUAACAAUUCAUCAACAUCAAAUUCACCAGCCAAAAUAAAACCUAAAUGUCAAUGUGAAGUUUGUUUUAAAGAAUUUGGUCAUAAAAGUAAUUUAUUUAUUCAUAUGCGUACACAUAAUGGUGAGCGUCCAUAUAAAUGUAAUCAAUGUGAUAAAUGUUUUACACACAGUGGUAAUUUAGCGAUUCAUAUGCGUACACAUUCUGGUGAACGUCCAUAUGCAUGCCAAAUUUGCGGUAAAAUGUUCAGUCAUUCGGGUAAUUUAUCAACGCAUUUACGUACACAUUCUGGUGUUAAACCAUACAAAUGUAAUGUUUGUAGUAAAGAAUUUCGUCAUAGUGGGAAUUUAUCAAUACAUGAACGUAUACACUCGGGUAUUAAACCAUUUCAGUGUAAAAUAUGUGGAAAAGAAUUUUAUCACAGUGGUAAUUUAACGACGCAUAUGAAAAAACAUCCAAUGGAUAAGGAUAGUAUGGUAGGAUCUGUUGGUGGUAGAGGACAUGGUCAUCCGAUAGUUGUUGAUGAUCAACAAGUUGAGGUACAGAUUGAUGGUACGAGUCAGAUGGACUCUGUCAUGGACACAACAAUGGAUGAAGAAGAAAGAUUGGACCCUAGUGCUGCUUGUUCUGCUGAAAUUUCUGAAGCAGAUGACCAUGAGGCUGAGCGUGUAUUUGAACCGUCUAGUUAAUGGCAAUAAUUAUUUUUAAAAUAAUUUAAAGUUUAAAUAUAACGAUAACAAACAGACAGACAACUAAAAAUAUUAAGCCAAUAAAUUAUUUUUUAAUAAUUAUCAACUAUUAAUUAUUAAUGUAAUUACAGUUACUUUUUUUCUAUGGCAACGGUUGCUAAGGAAAUAUUUACCUGAUUUUUAGGUUUUUAGUUUUAUUUAUUCGUAAGAUGGAAUGAAGUUCCUUGUAUUGAAUAUUUUAAAAUGGAAACUUUGUUUUUUGAGAUAGGAAUCGUAUUAAAAGCAACAAUUUUUAGAAUACUGAGAUAAAUUUUUCAUGGAUUUUGUUGCUGGUUAUUCGUAAGAUGGAAUGAAGUUUCCUAUGGAAGCGAAAAUUUUGAUUUUUUUAGAAACAAAGUAUAAAAAUUAUUCAAUUGUACAAGAACUAGAGACAUAGCAAAACGGUUGCUAAAAAUUUUUUUAUCUCAUUUUAGUUUUCAAUUCGGCUGAUUCGUAAGAUGGAAUGAAGUUUUCUGUAUUGAAUAGUCAGAAAUAAAAACUUUCUAUUUCGAAAUAAAAAUAAGGUUACUAGCAACAAUUUUAUAGUUACUGGAAAAUUUUUUAGAGAUUUUGUUUCUGUCUAUUAGUAAGA